AUGGUUUUGCCUGAAACAGCAAUAGGUGCGCUUCUGUCAGCUUCCCUUCAAGUGCUGUUUGACAGACUAGCUUCUCAUCAGCUUCUUGAAUUCUUCCGGAGUAGGGAAUGCGAUGAAACUCUCUUGCACAGGCUGGAGACAGUACUGCUCUCAGUUCUCGCUGUACUUAGUGAUGCAGAGGAGAAGCAAAUCACUAACUCAAUCGUAAAACGGUGGGUUAAUGAGCUUAAAGAUGCUGUCUACCGUGCUGAGGACUUUCUUGAUGAGAUGUUUACUAAUAAUUUACAACGUCAAAUGGAAAGCGAAUCUCGAGGAAUCAACAAACAGGUCCAAAGCAGGAAUUCCAGGCUUAAAGACAUAAUUUCGAGGCUGGAACAUGUGGCAAAUACCAAAGAUGGUCUUGGUCUGAAAGAAAGCACUCUUGGUGUAAAUUCAUUUCCAAGAUGGCCAUCCACAUCUUUGGUAGAUGAAUCUAAAGUGUUCGGUAGACAUGAUGAUAAACAGAAGAUUAAGAAACUUUUGUUAUCGGACUGUACUGAUCCAAAUGAACGGGAGAUUCCGGUAACAGCAAUUGUUGGGGUGGGUGGAGUCGGCAAGACAACGCUUGCUCAACUUCUGUUCAACGACCCUGACGUAAAGGAGCAUUUUUCCACAGGAGUAUGGGUUCAUGUUUCUGAGAACUUUGAUGUGUUUAAGAUAACCGAGACCAUUUUUGAGCCGGGGACUUGUCAUUCGCAGUGUAAGAUCACUGAUCUAAAUGUACUCCAAGUCAAGCUGAAGGAGAAACUGGCAGGAAAAAGAUUUCUGCUCAUUUUAGAUGAUGUCUGGAAUGAAAAUUUCCUGAAUUGGGAUGUCCUAAAGAAACCCUUUGGAGACGGAGACGUCAGAAGUCGAAUUAUUGUGACAACUCGUAGCCAAAGUGUUGCAUCAAUCAUGCAUUCCGUUCAUGUUCAUCCUCUUCAACCAUUAUCUGAUGAAGAUUGCUUGUUGGUGUUCGAAAAAUUUGCAUUUAGAAGUGCAAACAUCAGGCCACCACAAAACCUGCGGAAGAUCGGUGAACAGAUAGUGAAGAAGUGCAGAGGUCUGCCUUUAGCUGCAAAAACAUUGGGGGGUUUAUUGUGCACUAAAGGCGAUCAAACCAGUGAGUGGAAUAAAAUUUUAAAGAGUAACAUAUGGGAUCUUUCAAUUAAUGAGAGCGAUAUACUUCCUUCUUUGAUGUUGAGCUACUACUAUCUCCCUCCGUAUUUGAAACAGUGCUUUGCUUACUGUUCAAUAUUUCCAAAAGGUUAUGCAUUUGAAAAAGAAAAGUUAGUUCUUUUAUGGAUGGCACAAGGAUUCUUGCAGCAGCCAACAAGUGAGAAAAGAAUGGAAGAAGUAGGUCGCGAGUAUUUCAAUGAAUUGCUAUCAAGGUCUUUAUUCCAACAAUUAGGUGACAAUAAAUCACGCUUCAUAAUGCAUGACCUUAUCAGUGAAUUAGCACAAUUUGCUUCUGGUGAAUUUUGCUUCAAGAUUGAGGAGGGAAUGCCACUUGUUAUAUCUGAGAGGGUUCGCCACUUUUCGUAUGUAAUGGAUCAGAUAGAUUCCAUUCAAAAAUUUGAGACCUUGCAUGAGUUGAAGUUUUUGCGGACCUUCCUGCCAUUGAGUUUUUCAUCAAAUCCUGGAGGAGCCCUUUCCUUAAACAAGAUGAUAAUUGAACAUCUUCUGCUGACAAUGAAGUGCUUGAGGGUGUUGUCUCUGUGCCAUUAUGAGAUCAGUGAGUUGCCUGAUACUUUUGACAAAUUGAAACAAUUACGUUACUUAGACCUUUCUCGCACUAAAAUAGAAAAAUUACCUCAAUCAACAUGUUUUUUGUACAACUUACAGACAUUGUUGUUGACAAAUUGUUUUAACCUUAUUGAGUUGCCAGAAAACAUGCGGAACCUAAGUAAAUUAGCUCAUCUUGAUGUGAGUGGCACCAAGUUGAAAAAGAUGCCUCCUGAUUUAGGUAAAUUAAAGAACCUUCAGACACUUCCAACUUUUGUUGUGAGUGAUGGGUCAAGUAUUCAUGAAUUGAGGGACCUACAAAAUCUUCAGGGUAAACUUUCCAUUUUCAAGCUGCAGAAUGUGAGCGAAGCUGCAGAUGCUGAGGCUGCAAAGUUGAAGGAUAAGAAGAAUAUUGAGGAGUUAGUUUUCAGCUGGAAUAUUGACAGUCUUCAUGAUCCAGCGAAGAAUGGAUCUGCUGUUUUGGAAAAGUUGCAGCCACAUAAAAAUAUAGAGAUACUCACAAUUGAUAGAUAUGGCGGUAAGGAGUUCCCAGAUUGGUUAGGAAAUUCAUCAAUAUUGACCAAUGUGGUGUUCCUACGUCUUACUGGUUGCAAAAAUUGCUCUUCUGUGCCUUCACUAGGACAGCUACCAUCUCUCAAGAAACUUCACAUUGCCAAAAUGGAGAGUUUAGCAAAAAUUGGUGCUGAAUUCUAUGGUAAUGGCUCCAGUACUUCUAUCAGACAUUUCAAAUCUCUUGAAAUUUUGCAUUUUGAGGACAUGCCAAAGUGGGAGCAAUGGUUACCUUCUGCUGUUGAAGAUGGAGAAUUUCCUUCCCUCCAAGAGCUUCAUAUACAGAAUUGUGGAAAGCUUGCCAAGAAUCUACCGAGGUACCUUCCUUCUUUGACAUUGUUACAUAUUGAAGAAUGUAAGAUUUUAGAUUUCCUAGAUGAUUCAAGACGUUACACGGAGCUCCAGACUCUGCACAUCAUAGGCUGUGAUUCUCUGGAGAGCUUCCCAUUAGGCUUCUUCAACAAGGUUGCUUAUCUUCAAAUCCAGAAGUGCAGCCAACUCAGGUACAUAGAAGUUUCAAAUGAUCUUCACCAGGUCCAGGAGCUCAAAUUUCUUGGAGACUUGGAAGUUAGUGAUUGCUCCAAUCUGAAACACUUUACAGGCGGGUUGCUUGCUCCUAACCUCAAAUCUUUUUCAGUCUCAAAAUGCAGGAGCCUUGAGUUAUUGCCAGUCCUCACUUCUCUUGAAACCUUGGCUCUCUCUGAUUGUAGAAACCUUAAGUCGUUUCAAAAUGACAGAUUACCCCCAAAUUUAAGAUCACUUUUCAUCAUGAGUUGUGACCAUCUCACUCCGAAAAAGAAUUGGGGUCUGAACGAAAUGGAUUCACUCACUUCUUUGACAAUUACAGGUGGAUCUAGUGAUGUGAAGUCAUUUCCAGAAAAGGGGCUACUGCCUGCCUCUCUUAUUUCUCUUCAAGUGACUAAGUUUCCAAAGCUCGAAACUUUGGACCUCAGGGAGCUGCAGCUCCUCACUUCUCUUAGAACCCUGGAGAUCAACAGCUGCGCUAGCCUCAAAGACUUGUCAGAAGGGACCUUACCCAGCUCUCUUGCUAAUUUGAUCAUCAAUGAAUGUCCUUUGUUGAAACCAAAAUGCCAAGAGAAAGGGGAUUAUUGGGAAAAGAUUAAUCACAUUCCCAAUAUUGAAAUGUUUUAA